AUGUUCGUUGGACAUCAUCAUCAUUAUCCUCAUUAUCAUCUUGGAGGUUUUGCUGGCGGUGGUGGUUUUGGAGGUGGCGGUUUUCCAGGAAGCUUUGGUAGUUAUGGCGGCGGUUUCUCUAAUCCAUACGGUGGUACUUUCGGCGGACAAAACUAUGGAAAUUUCGGUAGUGGCUAUGGCGUUGGUGGUUUCGGAUCACCUUAUGGAUAUGGUUUUCAGUGA